AUUUUCAUUGUGUAAUAUUUAUCUUAUUGAAUCCUUUAUUACUAUCAACUAUAAAAUCUUUAAAAUUUUAUUCCAACUCAGUCUAUUUUUUGUUUAGCUGAACCUUUUAAUGCUUAAGGAUUCCUAAAUUUAUAUAGAUGGUAUUGUAACAUCAGGAAAAGAGAAAAAGAACAAUUUUCAAUAGACAUUGAAAUUGUUAUAAAAUUAAUUUUCUUUCCUAGUUACCAUUGUAUUUAAAAAAGAUAUUACUAUAAAUUAUUUUCAAUCCAAUUGUUUUACAAUAUUUAUUGAGAAUUCGCUCGUCGAACCACUAUGUAAAAUGAUACAUUUUUCCUUCUUUUGUUAUUAUAAAUUACUGUCAUCAUAUGUGUCAUUAUGUAUACAUUAUAAGUAUAUUCUUCUUCUUAUUACUGUUUUUAUUAUUAUUUUAUUACAUUAUAUAUUAUUAUAAUAAUAGUAGUAGUAAUAGUAAUAAUACGAAGUGAACUCCUACAAAGGAAAUCAUAACAAAAUAACGCUGGGAAAAAAAUCUCGUAGAUAAUGUGAAAACGAACUCGUUUUGAUCUUUAUUAAAAAUAAUAUAUAAUAUAUAUGUUCACUACUUAUUAAUUUUGAAUAAAUAAUCGACAAAUUGUAUAUACUUUAUAUGGAUUUGUCAUCGAACAAAAUUAUAUUGAAAGUGUGUUACCUGUUUCACGGUGAUCUGUACUAAGUAGGAAAUUUAAGUCAGCCAUCAGUGGAGGAAAUAAAUAUGAAAUUGUAUAGUAAUACCUUACUAGAUUAUCAAAUAAGGAAAAAGUAGUAAAUUAAUUAUUUUCGUCUACAUCAAUACAAUAAAAAAACUACCGGAAUUAUUUAGCUUCAAACCUAAGAUUUCUUAAAUUACGAAUCUAGAUGACUGCCAAUGUGCUACACAUUGCUUAUAGUAUUUCUGUCUUUUUAGUGUAUAAAACGUAAAAAAAAACCAUACAUUUUUCGAAAAUUUAACAAUAUUUUAAAAACUCAAAUGCCUUGACAUAAAUGAUUAGACACAUAUUUUCUUUGGCAUAGUAUCAUCUGGCUAAAAUCAUUAAAAUGAUCAAGAGAGUUUCCGGAGCUUCUUCGUACGAGCAUCAUGAAACGUAUUUUUUUCUGUUUGAAAAUGUUCAAAAAAUCUGAGCAUUAUCAAUUUACACACACAACCAAGCAGACAAUCGCUACUUCACGGAUAUAAACAUACACUAUUCAAGCGUAUAUAUGAAAAUCAGUAAUGAGGAUACGAGCUUCAUUACUUUUGCCGCAAAUUUCGAGGAGCGCUACAAUACUAAGCUUUAUCUUCGCGAAAAAUGUCAAAAAUAGCAUUUAUGCCAUCAAUGAGAAUAGAAAUAAUUCUUGACCAAUUUUGAUGAACAAGGUCUCAUUUUAAAGACAAAGGUUUAAUCUACAAUGUAUUGGUUUCAAAGUUUUGAAAAAUGUUUUUUUGUAUAUAUUCAAUAUAUUUCCAAACAUAUCAUUUUCUAACACGAUUUUUUCUCGAAGAAAAAAAAGCUUUUUCAAAAAUUUGAAACCAAUACGCCGUAGAUUAAACCUUCGUCUUUAAAAUGAAACUUUGUUCAUCAAAAUCAGUCAAGAAUUACGUAUGUUUUCAUUAAUGACGUAAACUAUUAAAAAACUUGGAAUAGUGAAUAACCUUAGCACACAACGUAUAAAUAGUAUUUGAAUACUAAUUAAAGAUCUGAAACUAACAAUUAACUUGUGGUGUUAGUUUAUGGCAAUAUGACGUACAGAUAGACUCGAAUGACACAAAGAAUAAUUACAUAUAAUGUUCUAAAUAUGUAACUACGUAGGACAGUAAUUAUCGGAUAUAAUGAUUAUCACGAAGUCAUGCAAAUCACGCAUAUUUCAACAUUGCUAUCAAUAGUUCAUUAUAUUUUUAAAGUGUAAUUUUGAAAAGAAGUGUAAUUAAGUUAAAAAAUAAUUAAAAAAUUACUAAAUUAUAAAAAAUAUGGCAAUUGUUACAGGAUGGAAGUGUUAUGUAUCAGUACAACCACCAAUAAUGAUGUUAAUAUUUGCCAUGUCAAUGUCAGGUACUAUAUUAACAGAUUUGAUAGUAUAUCGCACAUGUACAGUUGUAUUAAAUAUUAAUAAAACAGAAUGUUUGAUAAUAAAUCAAAAUGGAAGUAGUAAUGAAGCUCAUAGAAUAGAUAUCUUGGUACAGUCACAAGUAAAUCUGAUCUCCAUGUCUAAAUCGUUCGUUGAGAAUCUUUUACCUGCUUUUUUGUCCUUUUUUGUGGGGCCAUGGAGUGACAAAUAUGGAAGAAAACCUCUUUUGUUAGCAGGAUAUACUGGCUAUUCGUUAACAUUUUGUCUUCUCUCAUUGAUGACUAUGUGGGAUAUUAAUCCUUGGUAUUUAUUGAUAGCCUAUAUGCCUUCUGCAUGCUUUGGAGGAUUAUGUAUAAUUUUAUUAGCUUCAUUUUCUUACAUUUCUGAUAUUAGUCUUGAAAAAGAUAGAACAUGGCAUUUAGCUUACUUAGAGAUAUUAAUUUCAUUGGGACUUAUAGUAGGUAUUUUUAUUGGCCCUUAUAUUUUUAAACUAUAUGGAUAUCCAGUUACACUUAGUGUGGCAGCUAUGUCUAUAGUGUUGGCGAAUAUAUAUGUAUUAUUCUUUGUAUCUGAAACAGUACAAUAUUCUUCAUCAAGAAUGUGGAGUUCUUUGUUUGAUGUAAGUCUUGUAAAAGAUCUUAUUAGUACUUGUAUAAAAAAAAGAGAUGGUUUUGAUCGUUGUGUUGUUUGGUGCUGUAUAAUGUUUCUUAUCUUAUAUAUUGUAACGAUGGAUGGUGAUAUGUCAAUUUCAUAUUUAUUUAGCAAUGCAAGAUUUGGUUGGGAUGUAAGUCAGUAUUCUAACUAUAUGGGUGCUAAUGUUGCAUUAGGUAUAAUAGGAACUUUAAUUGGAAUUAAAAUUAUUGGCUCUCUAAAAGGUUGUCUAGAAACUGGUUUAGUUAUGUUGGCUUCUAUUUCAUCUCUAAGUGGUGUUCUUAUGAAAGCCUUUGCAUGGCAAGCUUGGCAUAUGUAUUUAUCUGUAUUUAUAUCAAUGUUUGGUGGUAUUUCUGGGCCAGCAAUUCGUUCAAUUUUAUCUAAAUUAGUCCCAUCUUCUGAUGCAGGUAAAGUUUUUUCAUUAAUUACAUCAAUUGAAACAACGAUGCCAUUUGCUGCAGCUUCCUUAUAUACAACAGUUUAUUCUCAUUACUUGCCUCCAAUAUAUCCUUCUCCCGUAUGGUUAAUAUCAUGUGUUCUUUUUAUUAUAAUGAUUAUAUUAUUGAUAUGCAUACAUAUACGUAUUAAAAAAAUGGAUACGUUACAAUAUAGAGUGAUCUCACAGGAGAGUGAAUAAGAUAUAUUAUAAUUAUUAAGUCAUCUUCAGUAUUUGAGAUUUUCUCUAUGUAAAAUAUUGAGAACUUUUUAUAUAAAAUGCAUAUUACAAUGUUUAUAUUUUUAAAGGUUUUCCUAGAAGGUUAUAAAAUCAUAUAAGUAAGAAAUUUUAUAUAUAUUUUUUUUUUAAUAGUUUUAACAAUGUAUGAUUUAU